AUGGAAAAAUUAGUUGCAAUGAAAAUUAGAAAGCCUGAAUAUAGAUAUAGAAAAGAUAUUUGCAUUAAAAAGGGAGGCUAUGCUACUUAACAAGAUCUGGCUCAAGUAUUAACUCACAGUUAAAGCAAGGAUCCUAAAUAAGACCCUGGUUAAGCUAUAUAAGGAAUUGAACUAGAGCUCUUAAGAAUACUAAGAGAGAUCUGCACAUUUUCUCUAAGGCAUCCCAAUAUAACAGAGGUGAAAGAAUCUUAUCUGACAAAUAAUAACAAGUUUGUCAUUAUACAGGAGCUAGCUGAUUAUGAUUUAACAGGAUAUAUCGAAAAAUAAGGACUUCCAAAUGAAUAGAAGGUCAUUCAAAUUCUGUUGCAAGUUCUAAAUGGAUUGGAUUACAUACAUAAUCACGAUAUCAUACACAGAGAUAUUUCCCCUGAAAAUAUUCUAGUUUUCAAAGAUAAUACAUUUAAGAUCUGUGACUUUGGUUUAGCGUCCUUUGGUCAAGUAACAUUCGCUUCAGCAGGGAAAAUUAACUAUAUGGCGCCAGAAGCUUAUAGAGGAGAUCUAUCAAGUGAUAAGAUGUGCGAUAUUUGGUCUUUAGGGGUAAUGCUGCUCUACUUAUGUACAGGUUAAUCGACUUACGGGAACUAAGUUGUCAGAAAUUUCGUAGAGAGUCAUCAAAAAGAUAAUUAGAAGUUAGUCUUGCCUGAAUAGUAUAGAUAAUUACAAGAUUUACUAAAUAGAAUGGUUAGCUAUAAGCCUGAAAACAGACUAUCAAUAAGGCAAAUAAAAGAAAUACUUUACUCAAUGAUUGAUGAUGUGCCCCAAUAACUAAUUUAAGCCUAGAAAAUUAUGGCAUACGAACUAGAAAUAAAGCUAUAAGAGCUUUAAACAUAUUAAAUAAGACUUAAUACUUUCCUUGAAGAUAAUCAAAUUCAUAACUUGAAUAGAAUGAUUGAAACCAUCUAAUGUAGCUGCAAUCAACUACAAAUUGAUAUGAAAGAAUUUUCAAAUCUGUUAAAGGGAAAGCCAGCCAAUCAAGAUUUGUAGAUGUAAAUUUAAAAUAGAUUUUAAGGAGAUCUAGAAAUUGGUAAAGCUAAUAAUCCCCAGCAACAAAGAAGAAAUCAAUUAGUUUAUGGUGAUCCAGAGGAUAUAUAAGAGGAGAAAAAAGAAUAUGUUCCAUUUCCUUAUGGCGAAAGAGAAGACUAAAUCUCAAAUAUGAUUUAACAGGUAGAAGAGGAAAAAUUCAGUGACUUGUUUCCUUAUAAACCUCGAGAUCAAGAAUAAAUUCAUAGCCAAAUCUAAGCAAAGAUAGAGGAGGAGCAUAGGAUUAAUAAAUUUAACAAUCACGAUUUCGAAUUUAAAAUUCUAAAUGCAACCAGAUAAGAAUUACCAUCACCAUUCUUUAUUGUUUUUCUGGAUCAAAACAAUCUAUAUGUCUCACUUUUAGAUGGAACCUAGUAAGUGUUAGAUAAAAAUCUUAAAUUUAUGCUGAAUCAAGUAUAAUAGCAGAAUUAUUUACUGCAGCCAGAAUUAGUUAAAUGCCCUUCUUUCUACCACAUGCAAAAAGGGAAAAUAUAUUCAUCAAUCUUCGAAAAAUCAGGAUUUUAUAGCAAAGUACCAGUCAUGAUAGAGAAGUAUCAAAGGCAAAUAACAAAGACUUUUUAAAUUUAAGGAAUGAUAAAUAAGAUGAUGAGGUUUACCAAUGAUAUUAUUAUUACAGCAUAAGAGAAUGGCUCUAUUGAGCUUAUAUGGGUUGUAAAGAAUAACUAAAUUUCAUAAUAGUUUAAACUUCAAAACGUUGGGGACAUCAAUGAUAUCUGUAAAUCUGGUACUAAAAAUGAUCUUUUAUAUGCUUUUGCUACUGAUAAAGGUGUUUAUAUAGGUGAAUUUCUCUAAGUAGCUUCUUCAGACAAAGUGCAGUAUCAAUUUAAGUUGGUUAAAAAUAAAGAAUUUGAGUUAGACUUAAUCUGCUCUACUUUGAUCCAGAUUAAGUAAAACUAAUUGGCAGGAACCUUCUCCAAAUCGAAAGGAGAUAUUUAAUCAGAUAUCAUUGUAAUUGACACAGAUAAAAAGGUUAGACUACUCUAGAUUAGCUUAAUUGGAAUGAGUGCUAUUUUUAGAGUUCCUGAUUACAAUUAUCAAAGCUCACCUUAUGGCUUUAUAAAAGAUCAUUAGUACUUAUAUCUUAUUGAACUAAACAACUUAAAACUUCACAAGGUUGCUGAAUCCAUAUUUAAAACUAGACCUAAUCACUAAUCCUUGUAUAUAUUUGAAGAAUUCAAUUAAGCCAGUAUAAGAGAUGCGAAAAAAUAUAGGAUUUUUGAUUUGGAAUAUUAACCUGGUCAUGCACAAGGGAAUUCCGAAAUUAGGGAAAUUGAAAUCUAGAUGCCAUUGUGA